CUACUGCAUGUGUACAAUAUUUUUUUAUUGUUGUGAAAAUGUGGAUUUGGAUUUAUUGAAAUAAAAUACAUAGAAGUGGUAGUAUAUUGUAACUGAAAUAAAUUACGCUAAAUUUGCGCUACCUAAGUAUACUAGUUACUUAAAAUCAUCGACCAUGUCUGUAGAUGCAGAGGAAGAUCCGGAUAUUUUGCAAAAUUUCACUGAAGUUUUAGAUGGACUUGCGGUAGAACUCAAAAUACUGUUUGAUUACCGAGAUUUAUUCUUUGAAAACAACCCAAUUGAGUUGGCUCCAGACAAGAAUAAACUUGUUGAUGAGAAGAAAGAAAUCCUAAUUGAAAAAUUUGAAAGCAUAGAUGAUAGCCAAAUCCCAUUCUCCCUCCGUGCCAGAUUCCUGUACAUGAAAGGCCGGUGCUACAACAGCAGCACCAGCUACGACGCCCGCGCGACCCAGUGCCUCAGUAAAGCGGUGAAGCUGAGCCCGCAGAUGGUGGACGCAUGGAACGAGCUGGGAGAGUGUUACUGGAAGAACAUGAAUGUGAAAGAAGCGAAGGCUAGUUUUGAGGGGGCUUUGAAACAUGAACGCAACCGCCUCUCCCUCCGCUGUCUCUCCAUAAUCCUUCGCCAGGAAACCGGAGACAAGCGAGAAGACAUCGUCUCCACCAUCGCCCGGAGCGUAGAGCUCGCCAGAGAAGCGGUAUCCCUAGACACUAAAGACGGAGUGUCUUGGACAGUACUAGGAAAUGCUUAUUUGUGUCAAUUCUUCCUCGGUGUGCAAGAUCCGGCGAAGUUAAAGCUAUGUAUGAGCGCUUAUAAACAGGCCUUGAGCGACCCAGUGGCUAAGGGGCAGCCGGAUUUGUAUUAUAAUAAGGGAAUUGCAUUGAAAUUCGAAGAAUACUACGCAGAAGCCCUAUCAGAUUUCGACUACGCGUGCCGCCUGGAUACGCCUUGGGAGUUGCCUCGGCAAGAACUAGCCAGACUGAAGCAGUACCUGACGGCCGCGGACGACCUGGCUAGAACGAGAGGCAGAAUAAAGACAAAGAGGCUGCAACAGAUGGUUCAGGCCAUAGACAAAAAGAUGCUGGGCGUGUACGCGACGGCGACCAUAGACAACAACGGCAAGCGAGAGCCCGCCUUUAGCCACGCCACUUUUGACCAGCUGGUCGACGGGAAGAACGCAGGCAAAGUUGUGCUGGGAAAAGUUGUUGGCUCCAUACAUAACGAGAACGCUGUGCCGUUCACAUUCGCGAUAGUGGACGCCUCGAUGGAGUGCGUCCUCGUCACCGUUUAUAACUGGGCGGACGGACGGGGAGCCAUCAUAGGCGAUUCUGUGGCCAUUCCCGAGCCGAAACUGACCACGCACAAACUGGACGGACCCUUAGCCAAGUACGAUUUCAAGACCAUCCGCGUAAACAACCCCACUCUCCUCCGCGUGAACGGCAAACGCGUCGGCCUCGACCAGUUCGCGUCCACCAAGGUCACCAGCACCUACGAGGUGCACUGACGAACCUAACUCAGGUAAUAACGGGGUCCCUUUGUUUGACAUAAUUGUGACGUUUUCAACGAAAAGGUACCACAUUGUCGCUUGUUGAUAAGGUUGAUUUCUAAUUGAAGCUAUAUGGAAAUAGCGCCUUACUAACAAGCGACAAUAAGUACCCUUUUGGUUGAGAAUGACACAAUUUUUGAAAGUCAUAAUGUAAUGAUUGUCAUAUUAUCAUUAGUCAUAAUUCUGAAACCGUUAACUUUUCAGGAUUUUCCUCGGGUUAUCCUAUAGAUAGGUUAGGUUAGGUUUGUUUUAUGGCAAUCCUGAAAAGUUACGCGUUUCUGAGAAAAACUAAAUUAUGACUAAUGAUAAUAUGACAAUCAUUACAUUAUGACUUUCAAUAAUUAUGUCAAACAAUAGAGACCCGGUAAUAACACUAUUGGUAAAUAAAAUUAAAAUUAAAUUAAAAAACAUUGAAACGCUUCUAACUCCGCAAUUAUGUCAAAAUAAUUUCGUUCGCUUGUAGGUUAAUUUAUUUUAUUUCGGUCCAUUUUGAAGUCGAUAUAUGUGACCUUUCAACCAAAAGGUACCACAUUGUCGCUUGUCAAUAAGGUUGAUUUCAAAUUAAAGCUGUAUGGAAAUAGCGCCUUAUUGACAACCGACAAUAAGUACCCUUUUGAUUGAAAAUGGCACAUAUGUCAACUAAUUUGAUUCCUAGGCCAUACCAUAGGAUAGAACCAUACCAUAUAGUAGUUACAGCGACACGGAGAUGAGAGUGGCCUAGGAAUCAAAUUGGUUGACUGGCUUAUUUAAAAUCUAUCUUAGAAACAACCCGAAUUUCUAUCAAUGAACCAGACUGAUUUAAGUAUGAAAUGUAACUAUAUACGAAACGUACGAAAUUCCAAGCUGUGUUCGUUGCGAAAUAAUCUGAAAUCAUGAAAACUAAUAGGUAUUGUACAUUACAUUUCUAUCUUGGAUAUAUGUACAGAUGUACCUAGUGCAUAAUUCAUCACACAUUAAUUAGUCACACACACACACACACACGCACGCACGCACGCACGCACGCACGCACGCACGCACGCACGCACGCACGCACGCACACACACACACACACACACGCACGCACGCACGCGCGCACACACACACACACACACACGUGUGUAGUCAACGUCAGUAAUUUUUGUAUCGAGACUUACUGAAAUAGCAAGGCACGUUCGUACGUUUCCGUGAAAAUACAAUGGAAAAUAAUAAUGCACUACAUCUGUAUAUGUAAGUAUCUAAGUAUUCCCCACUACUAUAAUAAAUGUAUGUUUCGGUUCUCUAUUGUGUUGCAGAAAGUUUUUUGACAUAUUUUUGUAUUGCAUAAUGUUACUUGGUAGAAAUAUCGUUUGGCAGAAAAACUUUUGGCAUACUGCUUUUAGCAUAAUAUUAAUUUGCAGAAUUUCUUUUCGCGCAAUAUUAUUUGGCAGAAAACCCUAACCUAACCCACUUUGAAAAUUCUGCCAAAUGAAUAUUAUGCGAAAUGACUAUUAUGGCAAUUAUAUAUUUAUGCGAAAGUAUCAUUCGACUAAUUUUUUUCUGCGAUACGUGUUAUGCGAAGUGUAUUCCUGACAAACAAUAUUAUGCCAGAUGAGGGGAACCCGUAUGUUUCAUUUGACGACAAAUCUAUACAAAUUAAUCGUAAAAGCGCCGUACAUAUAAUUAUUAAAUUGACAAUUGAAAAUUGACAAAAAAUAGAGAAAGAGUGGGCGUAUUUUACAAAAAAAAAUAUCUUUUUAAGUAUGAUUGUAAGUGUGGUGGAACAUAACUGUGUAUAGGAAUUAUUGAAAUGAAAUCGUGUGUGUAUUCUGGUGGUCAUAUAGUACUUGAAGGCAAGUGCGAUAUGACAUCAUUUUAUAUUUUUAUGUCACUUUGAUUGCUAUUUUUAUUUUGUCCUAAAAUUAUGUAAAAGUAAAAAUUUACGUUGGGGAUCUGUAAAAGGGUUAAAUGUGAUUUGUGGUUGUAUCAGUAUUUUAUGCAUCAUUGUGUUGUGGGUUAUGUUAUGUGUAACUAUUUGUGGUAUUUUCUAUAAAAAGGGACCUUAUUGUCGAUGUCGAUAAUAAAAGAUGCU